GAUGGCGUCGCCCGGUAGCGGGGCUGGAGGUGGCGACGCGGCGCGCGUGUCGUAGGGGCGGGCGGUGGGCAGUGGCCGCGGGAACAGCCGGGGUCGCCAGCCGGGGGCCUCCAGGCGCCGCGCAGGCACUGUGGAACAAAGAAGUCAGGGAAGAAACUACUUCUACUAAGGUCAGAUCAUCUGCGUAACACAGAUAGAUGAAACAUAAAAGGAAAACAAAGGAAAUCUCAAGUAUAAGAUUCUAAAUGGCUUCUAAGAAGUUGGGAUCCGACGCUCAUGGGCCUUUCAGUUAUCUGGAUGAUGUUCCAUUUAAGAUAGGAGACAAAUUCAAAACCCCAGUGAAGGUUGGAUUACCCAUUGGUUUCUGUCUGCCUGAUUCUUCUCAGCUUGUCAGAGAAGCCCAGUAUGAUUUCUCACUCGAAAAGAGAACAAUCAAGUGGGCUGAAGAUAUCAAAAGCAUCCAAGCUGCCCAGCGAGACGCUGAACGCAAGGCAGAGGAAGCACUAGCCACCUCACAAGCAGCUUCUGAGGACAGCAGCCAGAUGGGGUUCUCUGAGGGACCUUGCCCUGAGGCUAUGCCUCCUCCUAUUAACCCCAUCCUUGCUAGCCUGCAGCACAAUAAUAUUCUUACUCCCACGCCAGCCAACAGCAGCUCUGUGAAGCAAAAAGUUCUCAGUCCCCCUCGUCCCAAAGCAGACUUCAACCCAGCUGAUUUUGAAUGUGAAGAAGACCCAUUUGACAAACUGGAAUUAAAAACUAUCGAUGAUAAGGAGGAGUUAAAAAAUAUUCUUGAAAUCCAUGUUGGUACUACUGGGCCAAUUGUUGCCCAGUUGUUGGAUAAUACUUUGCCCAAAGGAGGGUCUGAGUCUGUGUUGCAAGAGGAGGAAGUUCUGGCAUCCAUAGAAAGGGCCACAUUGGACUUCAAGCCCCUUCACAAACCCAAUGGCUUUAUCACUUUACCGCAGUUGGGAAACUGUGAAAAGAUGUCCUUGUCUUCCAAAGUGUCCCUGUCCCCUAUCACUUCGGUGAGCAAUAUCAAAUCCCUCUCCUUUCCAAAACUUGACUCCGAUGAGAGUGACCCCAAAUCAUCCAAGCUCACGAGCACUUUCCACAGCACUACCUGUCUCCGCAAUGGCACUUUGCUCAGCUCUUUGCAGACCUGUGCUCAGAGUAAAGCUAGUGAACUGAAUGGACACCAUAGGGGUGGUCUUUCUGCUCUAAAUGAGGACAGUGGUACAGAGACAUCAAUAUUAUCCUCUUCAUCCAGGCUGCCUUCCCUGGCUGUGUCGACAGAAGAAUCAUCCUCUCAAAGCACAACGACCACGGUACACCCAGAGUUCAAGGAAACAGAAAUGCCUGUGGUAACGCACCAAAAUUUCCCAGUGUCUAAAGUGCCCAAUAACAGCAGCUGCUCGAGGUGGCUGGGUGACCCCGCUGCUGAGCUCCAGCAGGCACUCUCUGCUAGUGAGAGGCAGUGCAUAGAGACAGUUGUCAACAUGGGGUACUCGCCUGAGAACGUCCUGAAAGCCAUGAAGAAGAAAGGACAGAACAUAGACCAGGUUUUGGAUUACCUGUUUGCACAUGGACAGCUUUGUGAGAAGGGCUUUGAUCCACUUCUCGUUGAAGCAGCUUUGGAAAUGCACCAGUGUUCAGAAGAGAAGAUCACAGAACUUCUCCAACUAAUGAGCCAAUUUAAAGAAAUGGGCUUUGAACUAAAAGAUAUUAAGGAGGCAUUGUUAUUACAUCACAACGACCAACACAACGCUUUGGAGGAUCUAAUGUCCCGCGCAGGAGGCAGCUGAGAGCAGGCCCUGGCCCCUGGUGCGGCGCAGACCCCGCCGUGCCGCUGGCCGUGCUGUGUGAGGGCUCGCUCCGCAACGGGAGGAGGCGGCUCCGCCGCUGGCAGCGCGGCCCGAGCCAGCCCAUCUCCAUCGCUCCAGCGUUUCUCUUUCCACUGACAACCAACUUUCUUUCUUAAAUUAAAUUUUUGAAGUGUCCUUUCCUAAGUUUCCUUUUUCCAGCUUGGCCACGGAGAGUUCAGACUGCCCAGCCUCUACUGGAACUGUACCUGGGUAGAGCCGGGAGUGGUUUCCUUCACCUCACUGUUGCACUGGAGUCAGACAGAAGAAUAUGAAGUUGGUUCUGAACUAGGAUGCUUUGGUUCCUUGAAGCUGCUUUCAUGGUGUCUGCUUGUACUGAAUUACUUGGCUGUAUCACAGUCCAGAUGAACUGGCUACCUUUGACCUUUAGUGCAAUGGAGUUGGGUUUUUUUUGGUUGAAAGUUAGUGUGUAACUUAGUGAAACACUGGUUCAGAAACUGUUGCUAUGCAUAAAGAGAGAAGCUGUUCCUCU